UGCCACCACCACCACCACCACCACAGAAUCAUCAAUCACAACCAGCACCUCAACCACAACCGCCCCCGCAACAGCAACCUGCAUUUUCAUCCAUACUCAAUGACGACCUUCCGAACUAUGGUAUAAUGCCCGGUGAUAUAGACUUUGACAGCUUCGAUUUCCUCAACGACAGUGCGCUAUUCGGACAGAUUAUGUUUGAUGCUAGCAGGCCAUCAGCAGCACCUCCAUCUAUAGCCAAUUCAUUCGCGUAUCCAACAAUGCAAAGCUACGUACCAGAUCCAAAUGCACCCGCUCAGUCAGCGCUUGUCUCACCACAUUCUUACUCAAAUGGAGCAUCCCCUACUGCACCACCACAAUCUUACUCAAUUGGAGCAUCCCCUACAACUGCACAGACAUGGAAUACAUAAGCUUGUUACCCACUUUUAUCUUCCUUUACUGUUUCAUUCAUAUAUUCGCACACACGCACAACACACAUAUUUCUCUUAUUCUGUAUUCCAUAUAUUCUUUCUUUUCCUUGUUCUUAUUAGCAUGAUGCCACAUACUCCUCUGUAACCAUCACACGUGUAGCGAACCAACAUGCAUGCAUUCACAUACGCAACAUUUUAGCACGUUCUCUUGCCUAUCUUUACGUUUCUGCUUUAGAAAUUACUCUUUAUAGAUUUAUAUAAAAUAAAUUGUAAAUCAAAAAAAGUAUCGCAUGUUUGUUGCUGCUGUGUCAUAUCUUGGUAAUGCUAACUCAGUGAUCGAGGAUUCGCAAGUUACCCGUAAU